ACAGGUAACAUCGAAAACGCCCCCCUCAAAGUCCUGACUCUGCAGUUGUACUGUGCUGUUGCUGUUUGCACCUCUGUGUUUCGGCUGGAAUUGUUUCUAGGAAAUAACCAUGGAAGCUAAGUUAAAGAAAGAGUUGGGGACAACCAUGCUGAAGUCAACUGGUCACUCGGGAGGUGGAUGCAUCAGCGAGGGCCAGAGUUAUGAUACUGACACUGGGAGAGUGUUUGUGAAGAUAAAUCACAAGAGCGAGGCCAAACUGAUGUUUGAUGGGGAGAUGGCCAGUUUGGAAGCCAUUUUAAAGACAGAAACUGUUAAAGUCCCCAAGCCUGUGAAGGUGAUUGAACUUGACACAGGAGGCUGUGUAUUUGUGAUGGAGCAUCUGGACAUGAGAGGUCUUAGCAAGUACUCAAAGCGACUAGGAGAGCAGCUGGCAGAUUUGCAUCUUCAGAACAAGAGACAGUUGGAAAAGUUGAAUAAAGAGCAGCAGACAGUAGGAAAAGGAGCUGGGCAGUCGGAGGUGGCUGUUACUGAAAAAUUUGGCUUUAAUGUUACUACAUGCUGUGGAUAUCUACCACAGAACAAUGAGUGGCAGGAUGACUGGGUGACAUUUUACUCCCAGCAGAGGCUGCAGCACCAGAUCAACAUGGUAGAGAAAUCUUAUGGAGACAGGGAGGCUGCAGAGCUAUGGGCCAAGCUACAGCUGAAGAUCCCUCAGUUUUUCACAGACAUAGAGAUUGUUCCUGCUCUCCUCCAUGGAGAUUUAUGGGGAGGCAAUGUGGCGGAGAAUGCAGAAGGCCCAGUCAUCUUUGACCCUGCUUCCUUCUAUGGCCAUUCAGAGUUUGAGCUGGGUAUUGCCGGGAUGUUUGGUGGCUUCAACAGCUCGUUUUACUCUGCCUACCAUGAAAAGAUUCCUCAAGCACCAGGCUUUGCAAAGAGAAGCCAGCUUUAUCAACUCUUUCACUAUCUGAAUCACUGGAACCACUUUGGUGGUGGCUACAGAGGCUCUUCAGUAAGGAUUAUGAAGAACCUCCUGAAAUAAUUACUCAUAGUCACUUGCAGAAAGGCUCUCAAGUCUUAAACACAAGCAAAGUAUUAUGUAUAUAUUGACAGAUUCAAAUUUGACCAAAACUAGUGUGACUGAUUGUUGAAGAUACUAAAUCUAACAUUUUAACAUUGUUAUGUCUGUUAUGUGUAAGAAAUAGAGAAUCAACUUAACAAAAUUAAUUCUUCCCUGACUGCUCUACUUGCACCAACUUGCUGUAUUCUGUAUUCCCUACACUGACUUGUGAGAAGGUCACCUUCAAUCAAACAUAAACUUCAACAUGCAAUAAUAUAUAAAACAAGGCUGAUCUUACCACACACCAGAAUAUUCAGCUCUGGACCAACUGAAAACUCCUUGGUUUUUAUUUUAUCAUUUUCUACAAGUGGGAGAGCAAGCAAGGGUUUUUGUGUAUUUAUCAUUUUUGCUUGACAGUUGGAAGAACAAAUGCCAACAUGUUUUUAGUUGGUCCAAAAUUGAAGGUUUUUUUGUGAUGCUGCAAAAUCGUUCUUAUUUUUCUUUAUUCUUUUGCAUUACCUGUGUUUGACCAGCACCUAACUUAAUUAUACUGCUGUGCAAAGAACAUUUGAUUUUUCCAGUGAAUGCAAUACAAUGUCCUUCAUCUUCAUUAUAAUAGCUUGACUGUUGAUGUUAUGACUGACACACUACAUACACAUACAAAAUAUUGCUGAAUAGUAAUGAAUCAGUGCACUAUUUGCUGUCCACUGCUUAACCAACAAUAAAUC